AUGGGAUUCUUCCAUUGCAUCUCCACCGUCAACUCCACGCAUCCCUUAACGAGCACUGAAGCCCGGCAAGCCCCGGAUCGCCGAUGACCACUUCCGGCGCGCCCAAGCGCCCAAGCUUCAAGCGCUCCUCGCCCGGGAAGAAGUCGCGGCUCAGAACCCGUCGCGUCGCCGCCGGUGGCCGAGAGGGCGAGGCCGAGGCCGAGGCGGCGGGGACCUCGGCGCUGGCGAGGGCAUUGCUUCCCGCAUCGGUGGGGCUAGACGCGGUGCCGCCUGUUGGGCGCGCAUUGCCGCGAGACUUCUUCGAGGUGGAUGCCCUCGACCUGGCCCCCCGCCUCCUCGGCAAGCUCCUUCGGCGCGAUGAGGUUGUCCUCCGCAUCACCGAGGUGGAGGCUUAUAGGCCAAAUGACUCCGCAUGCCAUGGCCGGUUCGGCAUCACAGCGAGGACAGCUCCAGUGUUUGGACCGGGAGGCCAUGCAUAUGUGUAUCUGUGCUAUGGACUUCACAUGAUGCUCAAUGUGGUUGCCGAUAUAGAGGGGGUUGGUGCUGCCGUUUUGAUCCGGUCAUGUUCUCCAGUUAGCGGUCUUGAAACUAUUCAGCGGCGCCGGGGUCAACAAACCGAGAAACCGAUCCUACUUACGGGACCAGGAAAGGUUGGACAAGCUCUGGGCCUAUCCACUGACUGGUCGAACCAUCCUCUCUACGCGCCUGGUGGGUUGGAGGUACUGGACGGGCCAGAGCCGGAGAGCAUUUUGGUUGGUCCCCGCGUUGGCAUCGAGUACGCGUCUCCCGAGCAUGUCGCGGCGCCGUGGAGGUUCGCGAUUGCCGGCACGCCGUGGAUCAGCGCCCCCAAAAACACGCUACGGCCACGCUACUGACCGGUGUCUGAACAGGAACCGUUCGAGUCCCGUUCCAACCCGAAUUGCCAUGUGUUUGUAUUUGCUUGACACUUCGGAAUGCUGCCUAUAACUGGCUCUUGUAAAUGUAUCACAGUGUGUUCGACAAAAAGGCCUACGAACUCUACGAGGGCGGGUGCCCGGGCCGAACAUUCUCAAAUGUUAAAAGCGUGGAGUGUGUUUGAAGGGCUGAGAAAGAUGACUAGAGAGAAGUAAAUAAGAGUCAAUUAACUAUUUUUU